GCGGCCAAAAUCGGCACCAUGUUUAUCCCCCCCCCGAGCCUUAAAGAAAUCACAAAAAUAGCCACACGUGACAGCGAGCUAAAGUUACUCCUCUCACCCACACAUCACUGCUCACACGGCACCCACGGCCACACGCGUUCACACUGCAUCUUUUGCGGAUCAAUCGACCGAACGCAGUGCUCGGAGGUCAACAGGUUACUACCUAUUAAUAUAGCAUCGCUGUGUAUACGGCCUGAUAUCAAUAACAAUAACUCACAAAUAAAGCAGAGUUGAGCAAUGGACAACAUCUUGCUUGCGCAAGAGGACAUGUGCGGGGAGGGAAAGAUCCGAUUCUUGGAGGCGCUCAAUGCCAACGAAGUGGCGCUGGUGGAAAAUUAUCUGCAGAGCGACAUCGUCCACGUCGACCAAAUCUUCUACGUGGAGGACGAGCACAUGAAGCUGGCUGCCUACAAACCAGGCUUCUGGCUGCCUAACUACAAACUCCAGUCCUCGAGCGUCAUGCCGCUGCACGUGGCUGCGGCACUGGGCCGGGAGGAGUGUACACGGGUGCUGCUCCGCCGAGGCGCAGACCCCAACGCCAUGCCCAACGGCAAGACGCCGCUGCACGUGGCCUGCUUGCUGGAGCGGCCUGCCAUUGUGUCUCUGCUGCUGGAGUACGGGGCCGAUCCCGACAAGUACUCGACCGGCGGACUGGCCGCCAUCCAUUACUGCACCACUCCGCAGUCCUUAGAGUGCUCCCUGCUGCUACUGAGCGCAGGAGCAGACGUGAAUCUGGAGACGGGGAACGCAGCCGAGGAGAUGCCCCUCCACACGGCGGCGCGCUGCGGCCUUCCCGAGCACGCGGCGCUCUACGUGUCACACGGCGCCGAGGUGGAUGGCAGCGACGGCCAUGACGAGACACCGCUGUGCACCGCCAUCUUCUGGGCGCUCAGCAUGAGGAACAUGUGCGUGAGCCCCCAGCACCACAAGGUGUGCGAGCGGUUGCUAACGCUGGGCGCUGACCCCAACGGCGUGGACACGGACCGCAAGUCGGCGCUGCACCGUGCCGCCUGGAACGCGGACUGCACCCUGCUCGAGCUGCUGCUGUCGGCGGGCGCGCACGUGAACCAGCUCGACGGCCUGGGCUGCACGGCACUGCAGUACAUCGUGCGCGUCGUGAGCGUCCGCCCCACGCUGCAGCCCGAGCGAUGCAUCCAGAUGCUGCUCAAUCACGGCUCCGUGAGCAUCUACCCGCUGCAGUUCCACAAGGUUCUCGAGCUGUGCGGUGACAGCCCGGCCGCCGUAGAGAUCCUCGUCAACUCCUACAAGCAGCUGCGGAUCACACACGCCUGGGCGCCAGCUCUUUCGCAAGACGCCCGGGAGGCACACGGGGACUUCUACGCGUCACUGCUGCACUUCUGCAACGGAGUGCCGCGAUCCUUACUGCACCUGUCCCGCUGUGCCAUCCGCGGGGUCCUGGGCGAGCGUUGCCACUCCCAGAUCCCACGCCUCCCACUGCCGGCGCGGCUCAGGGACUACCUGCUCCUGGAUCCCGAGGGGAUCAUCUACUGAGGCUCUGCCAUGAGCACCGGAAAGUCUAAGAGUGGUUGAAACCGAAAAGGCUAAAUGUAGCGAUGGAGAGAAGACGGUGUUUCGGGUGGAGUGUAACCAUAUAUUUUGGGAGGCUUAAUGGAGGGCCACAUUGCGAGCUGCCAUCCCCUCCCCACCUGAGGCCACGCCAACUUUUAUACAGUCGUGCUCAUAAGGCCCCACAUGAUCCUCUACCAAUCACGCCCACUAUUCAAGUACCGCUGACCCCAUCACAUAUCAUGCAGAAGUCGAGCGUGAAGCAAGAAAAUGUUCAACCGGGACAAAAACGCAAUUUUCACAGACACUUUCCGAAACUGAGAUUGUCCAGGACAUGUUGUAGCUUUUAUGUACAGGCUAACAAAACACUUGCCUUUAACUCAUAAUCCGAGCAAGUUUCAAGUUAAAGUUGAUCUUGUUUAACCAGGUGAGAACAACUAGACAACGAGCGCUCAAUGCUAUCCCCUAUCUAUGUAAAUACUUCGAGUAAACCAGCCAACCAGCUCCUAGAAUUUCGAUAAGCAUGGUUGGCUAUAUACAGUGCGAAAAAAGCUCAACAUACAUAAUAGCAUUGGCCCUGAUUAUAUCCUUAACUGAUCAUCAACACACUAUCCAUUACCCGAAUACAUUGCUCAACCAAUGUCUAGUAAGUACCUUCGGCACUUAACAGUUUGCUGAGGUCAUUUGCAACGUUUGCACAAGUACUGUACAUAUUGAUCCAUCCCUAAUACUUUCACGUAACACGCCAAACUCGAACGGUGACGUUUGCAAUCCUAGAUUUCCGUAAAUGUGUUUGCGAUGCUGCAUUGGUAAGUGGUGCACAAACACAAAUAACAAGAGCCCAACAAUGUUUCACAGCAGGAAAACCUGCUUGAAUUAUGGGCCAUUCACCGAAACGUUGCUUAUUAUAUAUUUCCAUUUAGGGAAGUGUUAUUGAUGGUUGUGUGGAGUUUGUUAAUUUUGAAAUCGAGAUUUUCGGAUGACAAUGCCAAAAUCUGCAUCUGUAAAUUACGAGAAAAUCCACCACAUUUGCACAAAUGUAUUUGAUGGUCACCUAAGGCAGUUCUUCAGGAACGGUUGAUGGUUUUUGCAUAAUGCUUUUUGUACAAAUUGUUUGUUUUUUAAAACUGAUGACAAUCCCACAGCUUACGAAAAUCCGUGUCUUAAGCCUUAUCAGUGGCUCACUACGUGCAAUUAACUUGAAUGUUCAUUAAAGGUUAGUGUAAUUAAAAUGUAAUUUAAAUAAACGAUUAUAGUACAGUAUAAUGAAAUGCAUAUCCACCACAAAAGGUAUUCACAUACAUAAAAUAUAGUUUAAUAAUUAUUUGAAGUCACAAGUAUGCAAUCUGUAAUAAAAAGUUAAAGUAUGUGUACUGUCACUUGAUGUAUGUGUAGUGUAAUAGCGCCGGCUGGUGGACGGCAGCGGCAGCUGUGGUGGACAGACAGCACCCACGCCGGUGAGCGUGAGCACGGUGUGUUGGCGGAGCAGAGGAACUAGGGCAAGGGUCACGGAGGACCCCAUCUGGAGGCCCCUGGAACCUGCUAGUGGGUUCGAGAUGGGAGGCGUGGUCAGGGCGGAGCCAGGCCGCGCUGGUUGCAAAAAAGGAGCCGAGAGCGGGGGCUCGAGGCUGCCGGUUCUGGAAAUAGACUCAUCUCGUCAUUGCUGUCGUAUCGCCGUCGUCCGCUCGAUAUUGCAUUAUCUCAGUCAACACCGUCAGUGUUAGACGGCUCGUGUUGUGUACAGGCGAGGCUGAGCUACUGUGGAGAGUGUGCGGACGAGGC